UUUUUCUGUCUUCCAGUUUGGAUCGGAUCUCUAGCGAUUGCAUUAACCUUUCUUCUUGGGCCAUUGGCAUCAGUUCUUUGCAAAGCUAUUACAUGUCGUUUCACCGCUAUUGCUGGAGGACUGACAUGCGCAGUGGGCUUGAUUCUGACGUCAUAUUCACGAAGCUUUGGGUUGAUGUUUUUCACCGUUAGCUUUCUUUAUGGUUUAGGUGCAUCCAUGAUAUUUACGGCUUCCUUUCUUAUCACGGCAAAGAACUUUUGCAGAUUUCAGUAUCUCGCUGUAGGGAUCGUUUCUCUUGGUGGUAGUGUCGGUGUGCUCAUUUUUGGCCCUCUCCUACAGUUCCUGAUAGAUAGAUUGGGCUGGAGAGGCACUUACAGAGCCACAUGUGCCUUGUUCGUCCUUGUGUGCAUCUGCGCAGUCUCGUUUAGUGAACCACGAUCGGAUUAUGAAGACGCAAAUGUGACGACAAAUGAGAAUUGUACCGAUGAAUAUGAUAAGACCAUUCCUGAAGAUCUGAUUACCACAAAAGACGUUAAACGUGCAGAAAGCAUACAUUUGAAUCAAGUGGAAAAUAGAAAGGAAAAAAGGAAACUUAUUGACCUGUCAGUCUCAAAGUACCUCGUUUUACUGUCGUAG